CUGUCAUUUAAUUUGUGAUUGUGGAGGAUUGAUUGUAAAUUGUAAUGGGAUUUUAACAUUUUGUGAUGAAAAAGAUACCUUAAUAAGUGAAAUGUUUUGAGAAUUUCAUAACAUAAUACGACGUAAUGAAUUCCCAAACUAAGUCAGCGGCUCUUUCAGCCGAUCUUAACAGCUUCAUAUAUGGAGUAUCCCGAAGGAAUUUUCAAAAUGCACCGGAACUAACCAAAAUAGGCAUCUUGCUUCUUAAAAGCUUUCCUGCCGCUAGAGAUGCUGUUUUAGAAUAUUUUGCUAUGGUAUUUCAUGAAGCAGUAAACGUAUCAAUAAAUCAAGGAGAUUAUGAGCUGGAUGCCAGUGCGAACGGAGCCUUAGAGAGUGUGACUAUGAUUGGACCAGAAUUAUGCAGCCUCGGGGAUACCUGGGCACCAUUCAUUGCACCAUGGUGUAUCAAUUUGAUAAUGGAUAUUGCCACUGACAAAGCUAAUCUACCAAAUGCAACUUUACAAGCAACUGAACCUGUAAGAGUUUUACUAGAUAUAACAACACAAAACUUAACUAUGUUGAAUUCUGAGGAAAGAGCCAAAUGCAUUGACAUGAUGUUAGGUUGCCGAGCUUGUUCAUGGGCAGUUGGAUGGGUGGGCCGUGCAGAACCAGCACUAGUAGCCCCCAGGGCAUUAGCACUGGGUGCUGAUGCUGCUAGGGCAGUACUAGCUCACUUGGGCAACCAUCCCCCAGCUUUAUUCCAUGUCAGAGCAGCUAUUGUUGAGCUUUUUCAAGAAGCAAUCAAAGAAGAUGGUCAACCAGACAAGAAGCGUGAGGUCAUACCAUAUUUGCUCAACUUAGCAUCCAAAUCUGAUAUAGUUCUAAAAGCUCUGAUACAAGAUAUUGAAAAUACAUUAACGGAUGAAGUAUUGGAGCGUCUGAGCGCGGUGUGCAUGGCUCACAGACACAGCGGGGCGUGGGAGGGUGUCGGCCCCGCAGCCAUUGUCUCCUUGCUGCUGCGCUCUGAUAUACACUGCCUGUUUCUGUUACUCAAACACGCGCAGAAGAAUCUAUUCUCAAGACAGUUGUUAGAAUAUCUCUUACAAAAGCUGGAGUUUGAAUGUCUGUUCCCGGAGAGGAACAUCCCUCUGUUGACGAGUGCUGCAGAGGAGAUCACCAUGGUGCGAGAGAGGCUGCUCACUGGCAAUCAACUGGAGCAGAAUUCUUUAGCCAGGAUACUUAUUUUAGUUGGUUCCAUUUUACCUUCAGAGUUUGUGUCAACGAUUAGUUACUUCCUGCAGUACUCAAGGAAUGAUACAACGCUGGCAUUGCUAGUACGGAUCAUAUAUGGUACAAUAACUAUGCACAAGCCAAAUGAUUCUACAGACAUCAGUACUGAUACUGAGAGAUAUCAGAAUUUUAUAAAAACAGGCGUAGAAUAUGCUCUAAGAGAAGCCAUGAUGUCCGACACUCAGAUUAAAAAGUGUUUCAUACAAGAUACUGUGGCUCAAGACGAAAAGACUUAUUUGCAUCAUUACUGUUUGAACAUUAUUAAACUGCUAAGAUGGGAGGGGUCGGGGCGUGUGUUCUACCUGCGCACGCGGCCCGUGGGGCGCGCGGUGGAGGCCAACCUGCAGCGUGUGGGCGGCGCCCUGCACGAGCGCGCCUCGCUGCUGCGCACGCGCCACGCCCACACCAUGCACUCCCUGCCAGAGAUGCCCACGUGCCAUGCGCUCGUUGAGGUGUUGGAUAGAGUGGACAUAACGGGUACAAAAUCGCCCCCGCCCAGUGUGGAAGCGAUACUAAAAGUGGUACAGGCAACCGUUAAAUACUUCUUUAGAUGCUUACAUAUAGAAGAUACAAUGGAGAAGAUAAGCGGCGUGCAGGGCGCGUGCCGGCUGCUGCGCAAGCUGUGCGCGCAGAGCAAGCUGGCGCGGGCGCUGGCGCUGCGCGACCUGCUGGAGACCGCCAUGUUCCGCGAGGAGCGCGCCUUCGGCAGCCGCCCGCACGCCGCCGCCGCCUCGCCCGUGCACCACCGCCUCAUGCACCUCAACCAGCAGCACGGCCCGAUAACGCAGCUGACGCAGAGCCACACGUCGGUGUUCCACGCCGGCAUCAUCGGCAAGGGCGUGCGCAAGGGCGGUGGCGGCGGCGCGGGGGGCGCGGCCGACGCGGACAUCCCUCCCAUACUCACCACCAAUAAUGAGCUGCUCAUGGGCGCGCUCAUGUCUUGUAUGGACGGCAACAGUGGUAUAGUGGAGGGGGCGACGUCAGUCUCUCUGCUGCUGGUGGAACUCGUGUCUCCCGAUGUUAUGUACAAUGGUCUGCCGUGGCCGGAUGAAGACUUUACUAAGCAAGUAAGCAUAGAGCGCGAGCUAUACAUGCGUGGCGCAGUAGAGCGGUGCGCAGUGUCGCGCGCGGCGCUGCGGCGAGUGGCGCGCGCGCGGCCCGCGCUCUGCCUCGCCUCCGCGCUGCUGCGCGCCGCCGCCGCCACGCUGCUGCAUCGUCUGCGUGCACACCUCGACCGGCAGGGGCGCGGGGCGGAGGCGGCGCGCGAGCUGUCGGCGCUGUCGGAGCUGCUGUCGGUGAUGUCGCUGGGCCAGCUGCUGCCGCACCCGCUCUCGCACAUGCUGGAGCUGGCGCCAGAGCUCACCGCGGGAGAGCUUGUACAAGUAUUACGAGAUUGUCUAUGGAAUUACACAAGAGACCAUGUGCCUUCGCCAGCAUUGUUUACUUGUGAUUCUUCGGGUCUUCACUGGCGAGACCCUUCUACGUGCAAGCCGCCAUCCACCUACACGGACACCCUGCGACUUAUCAUUCAAAAGAGAAUAUCAAAACUAGGACAUUUGUAUCCCAUAAUGUUCUUGAAUCUCGACAAAGAAAAUUAAACUUUAAGAUUUACAGAAUCUGUAAAUAAUGUAAAUAGUUUAAAAUAGUAAUCGAAUAAUAAAA